CGGACUCCACUUAGGCCCAGAGGCCAAGCUCAACUAGCCUGUCAAGAGGAACACAGAUUCGUGUUUGUUCUUUUGACAUAACGUCAUAAACCUCUGAAUAAACCCUCGCUUCUUCUUCUUCAUCUUUUUUUAAGGUAUUGGGCAGCUGAGCUGGCGGAGAGACCGGUAGAGAGAUAUCUUAACACAGUAGUGGUGAUUUCCUAUGGAGACUGAACAUCAGUACGAGGUCGACCUCGGGCAUCUUAUGGCUUUUGACCAUCAUCACCAUUUCCCCCCUGUCCCUUCUUCCAGGGAGGACAUGGUGGAGGAAUGUGUUAGAAAGGGCACAGAGCUGGUUCAAGCUAUUGCUGUCAGUCUUUUCAAUUUACCUUCAACUGAAGAUAUAGAUGGUCCACUUGUCAAGUUGCCUCCCCCAACGAUGAAAUUGCCCAGAGAGAAGCAUUUGCCAAAGCCAAAACCUCCUACAAAAUGGGAAUUGUUUGCCAAAGCGAAAGGUAUAAAGAAACAGAAGAAAGAUAAGGUGGUUUGGGAUGAACAAACCAGCACUUGGAAACGUCGUUACGGAUAUGAUCGUGUUAAUGACGAUGAAGAUAUUCCCAUCAUUGAGGCCAAGAUGACUGAUGAGCCAGGGGAGGAUCCAUUUUCCAAGAGAAAAGCAGAGAAGAAGAAAAGAGUCAAAAAACAAGAGAAAAAUCAGUUGCAGAACUUGAAACAAGCAGCAAAAGCCGAUGCCUUGCCGAGCCACAUUCAGCUAGCAGCCACAGCUUUGCCCAUAACAGGAACCCAGGCUGCACCAAAAAAGGUUGCAAAAGAUGAACUAGGAAAUGUAGCUGGACUAGCUGCAACUGCAACUGCCAGUGGUGGGAAAUUUGACAAGAAGUUUCCAGGAGAAAAGCCUGUUAAAAAGCAAGGAAAACAUCGCAAGUUUCUACCAGUCGUGGAAAGUUCAGGGAUGGGCAGGCAGGAGAAGGAGCAAACCGACAAAGUUCUAAGCAAAAUAAUCUCACAGAAUUCACACGAGAUACUUAACAUUGAUAAGGCUGUUUCAAAGUAUACUGUGAAGAAAGAGAAGAAUCGAAAGAAUCAGCAGGGGAAGUCUUCUACACCCUCAAGCAAGUUAAAAGCAAAUGGGAAACCUAUGAAAGUAAAGAACAAGCCUAAUAAGAAGUCUGUAAGGGGGAGCAAGGCCGGCUCAUCAAAGAAGGGAGGAAAGGCAAAAUGAAACUAAUAAUUAGCAAAAACCAUUUUGAUGUUUAUUUAGAGUGAAGGAGAACUCUUCAUGAUAAGAUUGUUACUUUUUCCUGGCAGAGUUUAUAAUUUUCUCAAGUGAGUGACUC